AUGAAAGCAAUACUGCAGCGAGUCCUAUCGAGCUCCGUCACCGUGAAUGGUCAGACUGUCUCGACCAUCGGUAAAGGAAUUCUGGUCUUUGCUGCGAUUGGCCCCCAUGACACAAAGAAGGACGUCGAAACCAUGGCGUCCAAAGUUGUAAAGAUGAGAUUGUGGCCGGACGAGAAUGACUUCAACUGGAAAAAGAGCGUCCAGGAUAUCGAGGGAGAGAUCUUGUGUGUGUCGCAAUUCACGCUCAUGGCCAACACGAGGAAGGGUACCAAGCCCGAUUUUCAUGAGGCUGCUAAGCCAGAAAUUGCCAAAGAACUGUAUGACUAUUUCGUGAGUCGCGUUCGUGACCAGCACGGCUCGGAUAGAGUCAAAGAUGGUGUCUUCCAAGCCAUGAUGCAAGUUAGCCUUGUCAAUGACGGCCCAGUCACCAUCGAGAUUGAUACAAGUCUACCGAAGAAGGAUUCCGCGACCAACACCAAGACCAGUACUGGAGCGUCGACGCCGGUGCAACAGGAAACUGGCACGAAUGGUUGA